AUGGCGUCUACGUACACGCUACUUGCCGACCUGAGAGCCAGGCGAUGCUCUAACACCGCGGAGGUCCGUCUGUUGAGAUUUUGGGAGGCAAGAAACAUCAACAAAGGCGGGGAGCUUAUGAGCGUUGAUAUGUUGCUCCUCGAUGAAAACUCAACGCUGGUGCACGGAUCUGUUUCGGCACUUCGCCAGCUCAGGUUCAGACAACGUCUCACCGAAGGCUCUGUCUACAAUCUAAGCGGAUUCGACGUGGCCUGGAACAGCCCCAAAUUUCGAUUAUCUGAUGGGCCUGUCUCAAUUUGUUUCAAUGAAGAAACAGCUUUUGAGAAAACGAGUGUAAGGAACAUACCUACCGAACACUUCCGCUUCCGGUCAUACGACCAGAUACUGGAGCUAGCAAAUACCGGCAAACAACUCCCGGAUGUAAUGGGAGAGCUUUGUGCAAUUAGGAGCACAAUAACCGACCGGAUACCUGGAGCACAGCGUGUUAUGCUUACCUUGCGUCUCGAAAGGGAUUCAACCAUCCGUGUUAGUCUGUUUGAUUCUUUGGCACUUGCCUUCCAUAGCAAGCUCGACUGUUACGGGAGAGAGCCAAGAAUUGUUAUCGCCACUGGCAUCAAUCCUAAGAUGGUUGCAGGAAAAUUAUAUCUCAAUGGCACUUCUGCCACACGUCUUUAA